CCUAGUCCAAACGUCUCUCAACGACAUGGAAGAAUUUUUGCAACGCGCCAAAUCUAAACUGAAUCGAAGCAAACGCUUGGAGAAGGUCCAUGUGGUUAUUGGACAUAAAUCGUGUGAGUUGGAUUCUCUCAUUUCCGCCUUCACGUACGCUUACUUUCUAGACAAGGUCAGUCCACCUGGAGUUCUCUGUUUGCCAGUGCUGAACAUACCAAGAACUGAAUUCAAUUACUUCACUGAGACGAGGUUUAUUUUAGAAGAGCUGAACAUCUCUGAAUCGUUCCACAUAUUCCGAGAUGAAAUUAAUCUGCAUCAGCUAAAUGACGAAGGGAAGUUAUCUAUAACGCUCGUUGGCAGCAAUGUGCUGGCGAGCGAGGACCAAACUUUAGAAUCAGCGGUUGUCAAAGUCAUUAAUCCGGUGGAGCAGAGCGAUGGCGGCCUCGAGUUCCGAGAGUCUUCCUCUUCCCUUGUGGUGAAAGAGAUUCUCCGGGAGGCUCCUGAGCUCAUCACCGAGCAGCUGGCUCAUCUCCUCAGAGGUAGCAUCCUUUUCAAGUGGAUGACCAUGGAAUCCGAGAAGAUCUCAGAGAAGCAGGAAGAAAUUCUCUCUAUCCUGGAAGAAAAAUUUCCCAGCUUGCCUCCGAGAGAGGACAUUAUCAACGUCCUGCAGGAGACCCAAUUCAGUGCUCAGGGUUUAAGUAUUGAACAGACAAUGCUGAAGGACAUAAAAGAACUGUCAGAUGGAGAAAUAAAAGUGGCCAUCAGUACCGUGAACAUGACCCUCGAGAACUGUAUGUUUCACAGCAAUAUCAGCAGCGACUUGAAAGCAUUUGCAGACAAGUUCGGUUUUGACGUCCUCAUCCUCCUGGCCAGCUACCUGUCGGAGGAAGAGCAGCCGAGACGACAGAUUACCGUGUACUCCCAGAACCUCGAGUUGUGCAGUCAGAUCUGCUGCGAACUGGAAGAAAGCCAGAACCCUUGCCUGGAGCUGGAGCCCUUUGAAUGUGGCUGUGAUGAGAUCCUGGUGUACCAGCAGGAGAACCCGUUGGUGACCUGUGAUCAGGUGCUCCUUCUCGUCAAGGAAGUCAUCAACAGGAGAUGUCCAGAGAUGGUCUCCAACAGCCGGACGUCCUCAACGGAAGCCGUGGCAGGCAGCGCCCCAUUGUCCCAGGGAUCUUCCGGGAUUAUGGAGCUGUAUGGUUCUGACAUAGAGCCACAGCCCAGCUCCGUGAAUUUCAUAGAAAACCCUCCAGAUCUCAACGAUUCUAAUCAGGCUCAGGUGGAUGUAAACAUCGACCUCGUCAGCCCAGAUAGCGGGCUGGCCACCAUUAGGAGCAGCCGUUCAUCCAAGGAGAGCUCGGUUUUCCUCAGUGAUGACAGUCCAGUGGGAGAAGGUGCUGGGCCUCACCACAGCCUCCUCCCAGGGUUUGACUCCUAUAGUCCCAUCCCCGAAGGAGCAGUCCCAGAGGAGCAUGCCCGGUCUGGAGAACACAGGGAAUCCUUUGACCUCUUCAACUUUGACUCAGCAACCAUGGCUUCUGGGCAGUCCCAACCAUCUUCUCAUUCUGCAGACUACUCUCCUGCAGAUGACUUCUUCCCCAAUAGUGAUUCAUCAGAAGGACAACCCCCGACGGGGCCUAAAGAAAUCAAUGGGAUAGGGAUGGACAUGUCCAAAUAUUCAUCCAGUUCACUUUUGUCAGAGACUGGCAAAGAUGACCUUGUGGAAUUUGAUGAGGAAUUUGUUCAGAGACCAGAAAGUUCCGAGGAUAACUCUGAAAGAAAUGUGAGCCUGACAGGUUUUGUGGGAGAUAAAUCUCCUUCCCCAGAAAGGCUGAAAAAUACUGGAAAGCGGGUCCCACCAACACCUAUGAAUAGCUUUGUAGAAAGUUCACCAUCCACGGAAGAGCCAGCUCUACUCUACCCAGAAAAUGUGACCCCAAAAGCAGUAGACACGGGUCACAUAGGGCCACCUCAGACCCGUGCACGGUGCAGCAGCUGGUGGGGUGGCUUGGAAAUUGACUCUAAAAAUAUUGCAGACACAUGGAGUUCUAGUGAACAGGAGUCUGUCUUCCAGAGCCCCGAGUCAUGGAAAGACCAUAAGCCAAGCCCAGUGGACAGGAGAGCCUCAGAUUCUAUAUUUCCACCAAAGAGUCUCGAAUUCCCAAAGUCAAGUCCCUGGGAGUCUGAAUUUGGUCAGCCUGGGCUGGGCAGCCAUAAUAUUCAGGACCAAAAUGAGGACCACCUACAGUUUCAGAACGUGCCCACAGAGAAAUCGAAUCUGCCCAGCGCUUCUCCUCAGGGGGCACACCACCUGAUCGAAGACUUUGCUGCCUUGUGGCGUUCUGAUCGCUCUCCCACGGCGAUGCCGGAGCCGUGGGGAAAUCCCACGGAAGAUGGGGAGCCAGCCGCUGCGGUGUCAUUCCCAGCCUGGAGUGCAUUUGGUAAAGAAGAUGGCACCAAAGCUUUGGCAAAUACCUGGAAUCUGCACCCAACGAGCGGCGAGACGCCUUCUGUGAGGGACCCGAGGGAAUGGGCCAUGGCAAAAAGUGGGUUUUCUUUUCCCUCGGAAGACAAUUCACCCAGUGAGGCAAAUAACGAAGCACCCCCAGAAAUCUGGGGUAAGAAGAACCACGACUCCAGGGAUAAUAUCCUUAUAUCUGGAAACCCCAGAUCCGAUCUGGACCACGCGUGGAAUGGCUCCAAACCGACAAAGGAAGAUCAGAAUGGCUUCGUGGAUCCCAAAAUUAGGGGGGAGGUGUAUGAAAAGGUAGACUCCUGGAACCUUUUUGAGGAGGGUAUCAAAAAAGGAGGGGCAGACGUCCUGGCACCUUGGGAAGAUUCCUUCUUAUACAAAUGUCCCGAUUACAGUGCAUCCAACAUAGGGGAAGAUUCGGUGCCCUCCCCCUUAGACACCAACUACUCCACAUCUGACUCCUAUACUUCGCCAACAUUUGCUGGAGAUGAAAAAGAAACAGAAAGCAAGCCAUUUGCUAAAGAGGGAGGUUUUGAGUCACAAGAUGCUAACUCUGCCACAGGGGAGACUGAAAUGCCUCCCCAGUCGCCGCAGCAGCCACCUAGAAAUCGAAUUAGCUCAGGUCCCGGGAACCCAGAAAUGUGGGGCUCACCGGAUGCAGAUAACAGUUCGGAAACAAAUGUCACGUACAACUCCGAGAAGGAUUUACUCAGGACGGAGCCCACAGAUGAUAAGAACAUCUCCAUGGAGGAUGACAUCGGGGAAAGCAGCCUGUCCAGUUACGACGACCCCAGCAUGAUGCAGCUGUACAAUGAAACAAACCGACAGCUCACGCUUCUGCACAGCAGCACAAACUCCCGCCAGGCGGCCCCUGACAGCCUCGACUUGUGGAACAGAGUGAUUCUGGAGGACACGCAGUCCACUGCGACCAUCUCCGAUAUGGAUAAUGAUUUGGACUGGGACGACUGUAGCGCGGGUGUGGCAAUCUCCAGUGAAGGUCAAGCACAAGGAUACAUGAUUGAAAGCGCUGAACCGGAGACCCGAUUUUCAGUGAGACAGCUGGAGCCAUGGGGUGUGGAGUAUCAGGAAGCAAAUCAGGGGGAUUGGGAACUCCCCGCACCUUCUGAGCACAGCAAGGACACUCCUGCCAAUGGAUAUCACACACUGAAUGAAAAAAGUGGACAGCUGAUCGCAAAUAGCAUUUGGGACUCCGUCAUGCGAGAUAAUGACAUGUCUUCGUUAAUGUUACCAGGCCCCUCAUAUGUCACAGAUUCUGAACAACACAAAUCUCCUUCUGGAACUCCCAACUCAUCAGAAAAAAUUAAGGACAGUUGUAUCCCAGACAUGCUAGAAGCCUCUGGAGCCAGUGAGUCAGGUGCACUUGAUCCUGAUAAGCAGGACACGUGCAGAGGAACCCUGCCACAUGAUGCGACAUCCUUGGCAACCAACUUUGAGAAUCCAGGGCAUUUUGGACCCUCAGAUCCAUGGAGAGGUCCUAGCUGUGGACAACGCAAAGGUGAGGAGGAAGCCCAUGGAGCCACUGCUAGGGAGCAUCUCCGUGAGGAGGAGAUGACAGACGGAGCUUCGGAGCAGUCUGGAAAAGGGCAAAGUGACCGGGAAGGCUCUUCCCCGGUUGCAUCUGAACAUCAAGAAAUCUGUGAUGAAUCCGGCAAAAUCAACUCUCUCUCAGUCCCUUCCAGCCCUCAGACUGAGGAACCCCAGGAGAUUUUAGAGCACGAGAGGGGGUCUUACAAUCCAGGUUCCUGUGAUGUGCGUGCAGAAGUGUCCACAAAUGACCUGCGGGCAGAAGAGACCUGUGACAAGCCCCUCCCGUAUCACAGAAAUUCAGAUGAAGCCACUGACACUUCCACUGGGCUUGGGCUGAAUUUAACAAAAACUGUAUCUUUACCUGAAAUGAGUCUUGAGAGCACUGAAGAGUGUAACAUUCUGGAACCAGAGAGAGUGAACCAAGAGCCACGCCAUGAAUGUCCCCAAAGCCUUGACAUUUGGGAUGGCUCUGUAGACAGUGAUGUGCAGGUCAACGUCCCAAAUUCUGAGAUUACUAAGAGUCUUGAAGUUGAGAGUACUGAAAACAGCCUUCCAGGAGCUUCUUCAUCAGGAAAUUAUCGCAGAGAUAGUAUUUCUAGUGAGUAUACACAUUCGAGUGCAUCGAGUCCUGGCCUAAAUGAUUCCUCAGCUCCGUUGCCUUCCUGGGAACAUGGACCCAAUAUGGGGCAUCAGGAGCAGAAUCAAGAUGAUUGGAGCAAACAGAGUCACCAAGAAUCUGAACUAAUUACUACUGAUGGCCAAGUAGAAGUAAUUACUGAAAUGGAGGACCUGGACAAAAGCAGAAUGGACAGGUUUGAAAAGAGCUUAGAUCUCAAGGUUCCUAAAUUUUUAGAGAUUUGGAAUGACUCCGUAGAUGGUGAUUCCUUUUCGUCUGUAUCCAGCCCGGAAACAGGCAAAUGUUCUGAGUAUUCCGAGGCAUAUCAGGAAAGGCAUCUAGUGGUUAGCCAGCAGGAGAAAAAUGACCAUGACCUUCCUAAAACCGUGCAGCCAGAGGAUGCCAAGUUCAUUUCAACAAGUUCAGGUUCUGAUGACGACAGCAUAGGUGAUGAAGAGUCAGUGGAGAAAGAGGUCCACUUGGGCACUUGCCAAGUUGCUCAGAGCGACCCCAGAGCUUGGGAUUCAGUGAAUGAACCUAAUAAGUUCUUGGCCACCGCUGAUCCCAAGUCUGAGGAGUGUCCUGCGUAUGUAGGCAAUUCAGAAGCAAGAGAGAACAAGCCAGACCCAUUCUGUGACAACCAACAAAGCAGCCCCGAUCACUGGAAUUUCUCACCGCUAAAGGAGACUGAACUACAGGUUACAGCAGUGGAUACAGAGAUGAGAUCUUCUCCAGAAACAGGGAAGACGGGAGAGACCAUCUGGCAGCUAUCUCCCAAAAGCGAAUCGAAGAAUGAGAAUUAUUCCAAACUGGAAACACUUGGCUUCUCAGCUGAGCGCUCCGAGCGGUGGAAUGCCUCUCUACAAGAAGGACGACCGACGGAGAGCACAUUUGAAAGGGAACUGCCCAACCCAAGUAGUGUGUUAGAGAUGAAUUCUUCAGUAUACCGCAAAGUGGGUCCCUGGGGAGUACCCACCCAGGGUGAUAUUGAACCCAUGGAAACGCAUUGCACUCAGCCCUUCGGUGAUGAACAUCGGUCACCCUUUCUGGAGAGCAAUGAGGAGAACUCCCAUGAGCAACUCUGGAACAUUCAACCGAGACAGCCAGACCCAGAAGCGGAUCAGCUUGGCCAGCUUGUGAUACUGGACCAAAUCGAAGAAAAGGAUGCUAGAGAGCAAACCUUCUUGUCUUCUGCUGGUGAACAGCUGACUUCUGAAACACCUGCCCAAGAGCAGCAGAGGCAGAAUAUAGCGCUGUCCGUCUGGGAUCAGCCAGACGCGACGUUUACUCACACAGAUGAAAAUGAAUGUGUCAUAUCUAAUGUUUUGACCGUGGAGUGUCAAGAAACAAAUCGGUGGGAAGAAGAAAAAUCGUACCCCAGUGAAAUAACAAAUUCCAGCAUUGCCUCAGAAGAUUUCCCGGCUGUCAGUUCUUCCACCCAGUUGAUAAAGAAGUCGGGCUCUGAAUGGGAUGUCUGUCCUCCUAGGGAGAGCCCCGAAGGCACAUUUGUUCCAGAUAUUUUACAUGGCAACUUCCAGGAGGGUGGGCAACUGGCCUCAGCUUCGCCUGACUUGUGGAUAGAUGCUAAGCAGCCCUUCAGUUUGAAAGCAGAUGGUGAGAAUCCAGAUAUACUGACCCACUGUGACCGUGACAGCAAUUCUCAGGCUUCCAACAGCCCUGAUAUAUGCCAUGAUCAUGAAGCAAAGCAAGAGACUGAACAGCUCGUCAGGGCUGGAGUGGGACCGGAAGGGGAAGCCAGUGAGUUAUAUCUCACCGAGCCAAAGAUGGAUGAAGAACCCAAUCGGGAGCCUGGGCAGGAAUUUGUCCCAUACGAUUCAGAACUAUAUUCUGACAAUGUAAUCCCACUGCCUCCGAUCAGUGAUCAAGUGAACGUAAGUGGCUCAUCUCAGCCUGCCUCUCACAGAGGUUCUCCUGAACCUUCUGAAAUAAAUGGUGAAGGCAAUACAGGUUUAAAAGCAGCAGACGAAGUUGGUGCCCCAGAAGUAGCGCCGGCUUUGGAACUCGUUGACAGAACAAUCCCAAUGAUGGAAAGCGUGGGGACCGGUAUUUCUGUAACUCUCCAGGAGCCUACGAUGGACAGCAACGGCUUGUUGGUGUCAGAGGGCCUCUCUCCUGAGAGUCAGACAGAUGCAGGAGCCUUGUUGGACGAGGAGCAACUUUUUGCUACUGAGAAUUCUGCCACGGUUCCUGACGCCCCGUUAGCUUCAGACACUUGCCUGGACAUAAGCGAAGCUGCCUUUGACCACAGCUUCAGCGAUGCCUCAGGUCUUAACACAUCCACAGGCACAAUAGAUGACAUGAGUAAAUUGACAUUAUCUGAGGGCAAUCCAGAAACGCCAGUUGACGGGGAUGUAGGGAAGCAAGAGGUCUGUUCGUCUGAAGCCUCGUGGGGUGAUUUCGAAUAUGAUGUCAUGGGCCAAAAUAUCGAUGAAGAUUUAAUGAAAGAGCCUGAGUAUUUUCUCUAUGGCGGUGACCCUCCCUUGGAAGAAGACACCCUGAGGCAUUCGCUGGCACCUUACACACCCCCCUUUGAUUUGUCCUAUCUCACAGAACCUACCCUUGGUGUCAAAACAACAGAGGAAGCCGAGUCUCCAGAGGACGAGUCUCUAGGGGCCGAAGCAGCCGAGAUGCUGCUUUCCGCCCUUCCUGAUCAAAAAGGCAAAGAAAACCAGGCCGAGACCCCCAACAGACAGCCUGGACAACUGGUUGUCCUGCAUAUUCAUGAAGACCCCGAGUCCGUUUCUUUGCCAGCAGGAGCCCACCCCAACCUUGAGCUGUCUCCGUCCAACAUCGACUGGGAAGUAGAGACAGAUAAUUCGGAUUCACCAGCAGGUGGAGACGUAGGACCACCAAAUGGUGCCAGCAAGGGAAUAUCAGAAUUGGAAGAAGAAAAAAGAAUUCCGACCCAAGGGCCUGAGCAGGUAACAGCGGAAUCCAGGGAAGAAAGGUACACAGAGAGGAAUGAAGAUAAUCACGCGGCACACAUGGGUUACAUACUUGUCAACCAUGAAGAAAAUUCACCGGCAAAGCCAGAGGCCUGCGAGGCAAGAGAAAACACAUCUGAAUUAGACGAGUUUCACGCAGGUUCUGAAGAAGAAGAGAUGCCAGGAACUCAGCUGGCCGGCUUCCCGGAUUCAUGUCAGCUUGCCUCUUUAAAUGAAAGACGAGAUCAUUCUGCAGAGAGACUGUCUCCCCAAGGUGAGGAGAGAUCGGCUCUUGAAAGCCCUGGGCAAGACCAGAAUUGGAUGGUCUUGGGCCAUAGCGAGGUUGGUGACCAGUCGUUGGAAGCUAGGAACUCAGGGCCUGGAUGGGCUGGCCAAGCUGUGGAGUCAACCUCUGAUUGCGGCGUGGGCGAGGGUGCCCAGAUGCUAGUUCUAGGACGCAUGAAGCCUCUGGAAUCCUUAGCCCUAGAGGAGGCCUCUGGUCUGGGCAGCCAAUCGCGGAAGAGCAAGAGCCGCCGCGGGGCUGACCCGGAUGCAGUUAUGCUGCAGGCUGUCGCCCAUGACAAUGAAUGGGAAAUGCUUUCACCACAGCCUUCUCAGAAAAACAUGAUCCUUGAAACGGAAAUGGAGGAGGAGACAGAGUUUCUUGAGCCCGGAACGAGGAAGCUGAGACCGAAUGGACUGCUGUCAGAGGAUGUAGGCAUGGACGUCCCCCUGGAGGACGGAAUGCUGAGUCCCAGUGCUGCAGACAUGAGGCCUGAACCUCCCAAUUCUCUGGAUCUUAACGACACUCCUCCUCGCAGGAUCAAACUCACUGCCCCGAAUAUCAAUCUUUCUCUGGACCAACAAAGUGAAGGGUCUAUUCUCUCUGAUGAUAACCUGGACAGCCCAGAUGAAAUCGAUAUCAACGUGGAUGAACUUGAUACCCCUGAUGAAGCAGAUUCUUUUGAGUACACUGGGCACGAAAGUUCCACAGCUAACAAGGAUUCCGGCCAAGAGUCAGAGUCCAUUCCAGAGUAUACGGCGGAGGAGGAGCGGGAGGACAACCGGCUGUGGAGGACCGUGGUGAUCGGAGAACAGGAGCAGCGGAUUGACAUGAAGGUCAUCGAGCCCUACAGGAGAGUCAUCUCUCACGGAGGAGAUUCAGGAUACUAUGGGGACGGCCUAAAUGCAAUCAUUGUGUUUGCUGCCUGUUUUCUGCCAGACAGCAGUCGGGCGGAUUACCACUAUGUCAUGGAAAAUCUUUUCCUAUAUGUAAUAAGCACUUUAGAGCUGAUGGUAGCUGAAGACUAUAUGAUUGUGUACUUGAAUGGUGCAACCCCCAGACGCAAGAUGCCAGGGCUGGGCUGGAUGAAAAAAUGCUACCAGAUGAUUGACAGACGGUUGCGAAAGAAUUUGAAAUCAUUCAUCAUUGUUCAUCCAUCUUGGUUCAUCAGAACAAUCCUUGCAGUGACACGACCUUUUAUAAGCUCAAAAUUCAGCAGUAAAAUUAAGUAUGUCAAUAGUUUAUCAGAACUCAGUGGGCUGAUCCCAAUGGACUGCAUCCAUAUUCCAGAAAGCAUCAUCAAGUACGAUGAAGAGAGAUCUUAUAAGAGAAGUGUGAGUAUUGACCUGAAGCUGAAAGGAAAGCCCUAGUCCCGCCCGGCUGGAAGAAAAGGAUGUUCUGCUUCGUGAUUCUGCUGAAACAUACCCACCUGGAAGAGACAGGGCGGAUGGUACUUUUUUUUUUUUUUCCACUUUGCACUACCUGGUGCCAUUCUAAAUUUCUAAGGGGAAACACAGUAAGGGAACUUUGUUUACUCCUCACGUGUUUUAUGAAAUUGCGUGUCCUUUUCCUAUUUUGCCAAUUACGUGCCUCGAAGAUUUCGGUUGAACCUUAGCAAGAAAAUAGGACCUUCCGUCUCCAUAUUUGCUUACCCCUUGGUGCCGUGAUAUCUCCUCUCUUAGACUGGUGUUGACCAGUGAGAUACCCUCGGUCCGCUGUUCGUCGCGAGUGGAUUUGUUGGCCAUAGAUUAGCGGGAUUUCUCCUUGGUGACCAUUUCAGGUUUAAAACACAGGGGGCUCGACUCUCCCUAGGCAAGUUACCUUCCUGUAGCUCUGCUUUUCAAACCCUAAGCUUGCUGGGCAUGUUGGAAAGCAGACCCCGGUGGAAAGCUGUCAUUGGCCAUGUGCCCGCUUGGUUCUUUCUUGUCCACGUGAAUCCUCUCUUAGGUCUCAAAGGGAAGCCAGACUUUCUCAUUCACCUCAAAUUUAUUUUGGUUUCCAAAUUGGGUAUCAUGUUGUCUGUGAGUGGUCUCCUUAAAAAUCGUUAUUCCUCCAAUGAAUGUUGGAAAUUCAUUACCCGGCCACGCUCAGCUAUCUAAAUGUCUCUCUCAAAAAGUAGCCUGCUUUACGUCACUUGAAUCUGGUCACUUCAGUCACCUCCCUUUAAUCGCAUUUCAUUUAACUUGAAUAUGACCGUGUACUAUCAUUUGCAAAAUUUCUCUGUGGAGUCUUCGCAUGCCCUUUCAAAGGCCACACGUGGCCUCGAAUCCGUGGGCCUCCACGGGUGGCCAGACUUAGCAUGCCGCCUGUUUUCACGUGGCCUUCCUGUGAAGGAUGGCUUUCCCAUUUGGGCUGAAAAAAAAAAGUUGUUGUUGUUUUAAAUAUUUCGUGACACCUGAAAAAUCAUUCACAUUUCAGUACCCAUAAAUGUCUUACUGAAACAUGGCCACACAAAUUUGUUUACAGACUCUCUGUGGCUGCUUUUGCACUACAGCAGCAGAGUUGAACAGUUGUUCACAGACCACGUGGCCUACAAAGCCUAAAAUAUUUACUGUGUGUGUGGAACAAGGUUACUGGGCCGUGUCUACUCCUGCUCACCUCUUCUUCACCGCCCCCCUCCCGCCUCCCCCGCAUUUGGAUUUGGAUAUGAGUUUCUUCAGCAGAAUGUAUAAAUAAGCCUGCAAACUAAUUCAUUCUUUAAAAAGAAAAUGUUGGCCUCCGGAGUCCGUAAAAUAAAUGGCCUGCUGAGAAAAGACGGGGAGUCCCGGCCACAAAAGCAUGGCUCACGGUAUGUUUACGUGACUCAAAGUGAAGCCCGCUGAGAAGGCUUUGGGCUAUUUACAGGUGUUGCCAAGGUCCUGCCCUUACUCUGGGAACCAUUGUCAUUCUCUGGUAUCACCCGUCACUAGUAAGCUAGCAACACUAAGAAUGGAGUGGAGAGUGGGGUUCCACCACAGACUUAGGGUGAUAACCGCAUCCAGGAGAGCUGUCUGGGGCGCCCUGAGCCCUGGAUCUCAUGAGCUUUGAAACACUUGGAGGUAGACAUCUUUGUACAGGUGACCGAAUUUUGCUGACCUCCUUCGCUUCGUGACCUCUCCCACCCACCUUCCAGACAUGUUCUCAUACACACGGGUCAGCUCUCUUUCCUCCAUGAGCCAUAGUUCACUGAGUUCCCCCCUCUGUGUCCCUCUCAGCUGAGCGUCUUGUCCAACUGUGUUCUCUUGGGUCACCUCCCUCCUAACCUCUGUCCUGUCCAAUAGAAAAACCCUAGCACAUGCCCUGUCUCUGAGGCCAGCUCCACUUUUGGAAGCCCAAAUUAGGCCUCUCCCAGAGCUUAGUGUUGACAUAAGACCGGUGACCUAAUAUUCGGUUGGUUCACCCAUUGACCACUGUGGCUCUGGCACAGUUAUUAACAAUGCUCCCUUUUGCUCCGCCGUGGUCCCGUUUUGGAAGACGACUUACGUGGUACCCCCCGCCCCAGCCACAGGAAGGAAUGAAGAAAUCAGUGUUGUGUUUAGUGGUGCAAGCCUAAGGAUAGAGCCAACCACACACAGCAAGAACUUCACCAGUCACGUUUCCCUUGAGCUUGUCUGGCCCGUUCAUGGAAAACUACUCAGGUGGUGUUCUGUCUGAGGCGUCCUCUUCCCCCCUGGAAAUUAUGACCAUCGUCCGCAGUCACUGAUUUUGUUUGGGCUGAUCUGUGGGCUGCAUAGCCAUUCUGAUAGGCAUCUGCUAUUUUAUUAUCUUAAGACCAUUUAAUUGCACGUGCUAGAGAAAAGCUACUAUGUAAAUUCAAUCCAAGUAAAUAGAAUUGUAGAAGAAUCCUGAAAAAAAAAAAAAAAAAACCAUCAUCCCUAAGCAGAUAGGUAGACAGAUGUAAACAUUCACAUCAGUAGCUAUCUAGCCCUUGCAUUCUAAGCGUUCUUGCUUUGGUUCUGACUUCUGGGAACUGUUUUAUACUUUUCCUGUCACUUUGUAGUUUAGGGAACCAAAGGGUCCCAGGGCAAAAGUAUUGUUCUCCCAAAGUGGCACUACUCUUUGCUUAGUUCCCUGAUUAAGAAAGAGAACAUAAAUCUGCACUGAAGUUUCUGUCAAGGAGUGAGAAAGUUUGAUUCGUGGCAAUGAAUAGCUGGUUGUGGAAGAAAAUCCUGAGGUUCCCGUUGAAGCCAUACAAUGUUUUGUGGGGUUGCCUUCUAAGAUACACUCCGACAUGAGUGAGGAAGUCACUACUCUAAGCUUUUGGGUUGGUAAAAUCUCAUUUUAAGUAUUUGGUUUGGGUACUACGUUUGCAACUCCUCUAAUCACACUGCCUCAGUAGUUCGCUCCCUUAGAAACAUUUAGAUGUGCACAAAUUAAUCUUUUAUAUAUUUGAAAGUUUUUCUACCAUGUGUUGGAUUGCUCAGAAUAAAGUAUCUAUUAGACUUUGUUUUGGUAAAUAACUAAAUGAUUUCUCCUUAAAUAGCGUGGAUCAAUAAUAUAAAGAUGUAAC